ACACAUAAUUUACAAUUACAACUAUAUUUGCGCUCAAAACUUGGCUAUUUAUGCGCAAUGAUUGCCAGCACUGGUGUCUCAGUUUGUUGUUCACACAUCAGCGCACACUUCAGUGUCUCCUACACUGUCAUCACCGCCACCGACAACAAUACACACCACCGCAGCUGCUCUUCACAUACCAGUCCUCUCACUUUCUAACAGACAUACCAUACUCUGGAUAA